CUUCUGUCUCCCAUCAGGGAAUUUCGCACUGCCACAAGUGUGGAGCCAGACAUUCGAUACCGGCCAACAGAUAGGGUAUCUUCCAACCAAUGACUCUGAAGAGAAAGCCACAUCGAAAGUCGCGGACUGGUUGUAGUGAGUGCAAGCGUCGGCGGAUCAAGUGCGAUGAAGAAAAGCCGCGAUGCACAUAUUGUGUGCGCCACGGAAGCCCUUGCGUGUAUCCGGGGACAUCGCCCUCAGCCACCAUAGGACCGACACCUAAUCUCUCAGCACCUGGACAUCCCUCGCCUCUGUCACAGACAUCGCAUGCCGAAUCGCACACAGAAGCCUCCGAGAUCACACCAUGCUUCGCACACUGUGCUCGUUCCCCAAUCCCAUCAGGGGCAUCUUUCGAGUUGAAAGAUCUAGCUCUCCUGCACCACUGGACCCUGGUCACCAGUCGCAGCAUCCUGAACACGCCGCAAUUAGACCACUUCUGGCAGACUGUAUUACCAGAGAUUGCUUUCCAGCACUCGUACGUGAUGCACAGCCUCCUCAGCAUCGCAGCGCUGCACGUCACCUACUUGUGUCCGUCAAACAGACGCGAGCACCUGUGCGACGCAGCACACCAUCACUCAAAGGCACUCGCCGGCUUCCGAGAAGCCAUCAACUUCAUUGACCCACAAAAUGGCGACGCGCUCUUUGCGAGUGCCACCCUCAUCUUCUUCUAUGCCUUCCUGACGUUCGGAAAGCUGUACGAUGGAUACGGUGACGAUACCAGUACCAAGGCACACACGUCACGGAUCCUCGGUGCUGAGUGGAUACCGCUUGUCCGUGGUAUCGAGUUGAUACUGCAUCCUGUGUAUGAACAUGUGCGAGCCGGGCCGCUGCGUUCGCUUCUGGGUCUCGGGAACUGGUACGAGUUGGAUCCAGACGCACAGCCCGGGCCUGGUGAUGAGGAUCUGUUGCGGCUCCGCGAGAUAUGGAAUUCGGACGAAAACGCAAAGGUGUACGACGAGACGCUAACACUGCUGCGACGGACCAGCGUCUGGAUGAUGCAGUUCCAGAACAUGCAAGGCAACCAGGCGUCCGAGCGGGGAUACCAUAGGGACUGGUCCGGCCCGUUCAUAUGGCUUUUCCUAGUCCCGGACAAGUAUUUUGUAUUGCAACAACAGCGACAACCAUCGGCUUUGAUUCUUUUUGCUUACUUUGGGGCCCUGCUCCAGCGGUUGAAUGGGUACUGGUGGAUGGAGGGAUGUGGAAAAAGCAUAGUCGGUGUGGUCGAUGAAUGCCUGGGACCGUAUUGGAGUUCCUGGCUGGAUUGGCCGAAACAAGUCGUUGGACUAGGCUGAUGCUGUACGAAGAGAGGUCUGCAAACAAACUAUUUUCCGGUGACAGAAGGACAACCUUUACAGCACACUCGUUCCGUUCCAGGGACGAAGGUCCUCUCCUGCGCAAUCCACUUGUAACACUACCUUCUCGUGCCAGAGUUGAGAGAGAAAAAUGGAGGCGAGCACAGAGCAGACACCAGGAAUAGGUACGGAGAUGACGGAAGGGGAGGCGGAAAAGGGAAGUGGGAAUGAAGAGGGCUGCGACAUGCAGCGUUUGGAAGGAUGAAUAUAAGAGACGUUCGAGAGAGGA